AUGGAUGAAUAUUUAGAAGCUAUCGAUUAAAUAUCAGCUGAGAGGACCAUCCAAAUGUUAAAGUCCCAAAAAAAACCAAAAUUCAAAAUAAAUCGAGUCCCAGAGGAACUGAGAUCAAUCCCCAUAUAUUUAGAUAUAGAAUAUCAGAAUUAUAUUUUCAGAGAUCAAUUUCAUUGGAAUUUGAAUGACUAUCAUAUCAGUCCCCAGGAAUUCGUUGAAAACCUAGUGGUCAGAUUAGGCUUUGGUAAUUCGAAAUAGAUGCAUCAAUAAUUGCUAUUUUAGAUUAUGGAGUAAAUUACAAAUUUAGUAAACAAUAAGGUAUAUUGAAAAACACAGUGUGCACAUCCCUGAAGAUUUAAUAUAAACCUAAAAGAAGCAAUUGUCAGAAAAGAAGAAGCUUAACUAGACGAGUUAAAGAGCCAGCAGAACAUAAAUAACUAGAUUAUCCUAUGGUUAAAACAAAGUAAAUUCUUUAAAUUCUUAUUCCUAAGAAAUGUAUAUAUUGUGAGUUCCUGAAUGUUUAAAGUGGAUUAUAUUGUAAAAAGUGCAGAAUUCCAUUCAUUGUGCUUGACAAUGUGAAUCCAACUGAACCAAUCAUCAGAGCCUGCUUCUUGUUUUAUGAAGUUGUUAUUAACAGAACCAUCUCUCCUAUUGAACCUAGACGACUGGUAAAGGAGGACUUUACAUCACUCUAUAGUCUAAAGAAUAAACUGAUUGAUUUAUCGGGUGAGCAAGAUGUAAUUGAUGAAGUCUUCCAGGAGUUCAUGAAGAACAGAGAUAAUUUGGAUUAGGCAGAUUUCAUUACAUCUUUGAAGGCCCCAAAAGCGAAAUAAAAAAAGAGAUAGGUGAAAAAGGGAGAAUGUGAAGAAGAACCUGAAGAGGAAAGUCAAUAGGAGAAUCAGGAAGAGGAGGAUGAGGAAGAUGAGGAAGAUGAAGAGGAUGAUUAAGAGAAGAAUUAGGAUGAAAAUUAAGAUGAUGAAGAGAAGAGUUAGCAAUCAGAAAAAUAAUCCUUUGAUACUUCAUCAGAAUCAUCUUCUCCCUAAUAACGAAUCAAUACCAGGAGAAGAGUCAAAGAAGAGAUACUAAGGAGAUCUGUAAGAAAGAGAAAGUGA